AUGAUAGGAGAAUCGGCGGCUAAAAAAAUAAAAAAUGUACCUCUUUCAAACAAUACGAUUAGCUGCCGUAUUCAUGACAUGGCAGAAGAUAUUAAUGAGCAAAUUGUGGAGAAACUUUCAGGCUUAUUUGGAAUUCAACUUGAUAAAGCGACGGAUAGUAAUGACGAUGCUCAAUUGAUAUGUUACUUGCGGUAUAUACAAGAAACAAAUCUGUGUGAGGAUUUGUUAUUUUGCAGAAAAAUAUGUGAACGUGGUAAGGCUACUGAUUUAUUUGAGAUCUUAAAUUCAUACAUGAUCGAAAAUAAUAUUAAAUGGGAGAACUGUGUGGACGUGUGUACGGAUGGUGCUCGAGACAUGUUUGGACAGUAUGGAGGACUACAAGCUCUCAUUAAAACCAAGGCUCCAAAUGUAAAAUGGACACACUGUGUCAUACAUAGAGAGGCUUUAGCUGCAAAGAAAAUUACACCUGAAUUAAAUUUUGUGAUGUAUAUAAUUAUCAAAGUAGUGAACUACAUCAAAACACGACCUGUGAAAGCAAGAUUUUUCCAUAAGCUUUGUGAAGAAUUGGGUGCCGAGAAUACUUCUUUAAUUUAUUUUUGCAACUCUCGUUGGUUGUCCAAAGGCAAUGUCUCAACUCGCAAGUGUAUACGAACUACGACAUUAGUUCUAUACUUAUUUACAGACAGAACCACACAAUGA